AUGUUUCGCAUUGUCUGCCCUCCGGCUUCAAUUUCUUCGAAGUUUUUCUUUCUUGACAGAGGUACUAGAAAGAUACGUGAAAUACUUCUUUCUUUCUUUCUUUCUUUCUUUCUUUCUUUCUUUCUUUCUUUCUUUCUUUCUUUUUCUCUUUCUUUCUCACUGAAAUCAAUUAGUAUACGUGAAAUACUUCUUUCUUUCUUUCUUUCUUUCUUUCUUUCUUUCUUUCUUUCUUUCUUUCUUUCUUUUUCUCUUUCUUUCUCACUGAAAUCAAUUAGUAUACGUGAAAUACUUCUUUCUUUCUUUCUUUCUUUCUUUCUUUCUUUCUUUCUUUCUUUCUUUCUUUCUUUCUCACUGAAAUCAAUUAGUGUCUUCACCCACUUUCCAUGCGAUCUAAACGGAACAGUCCAUUAUUUGUAUUGGAGGGAUACGUUAAACACUUUUUCUUUCUUUCUUUCUUUCUUUCUUUCUUUCUUUCUUUCUUUCUUUCUUUCUUUCUUUCUUUCUUUCUUUCAUUUUCUCACUGAAACCAAUCUGUUCACAUCUAUCUAUCUAUCUAUCUAUCUAUCUAUCUAUCUAUCUAUCUAUCUGACAUUUAAUCAACCUGAAAAGUCUUCUUCUUCUUCUUCUUCUUCUUCUUCUUCUUCUUCUUCUUCUUCUUGCCCUCAUUCUCCUGCUUCUUUUUCUCAUACUCCCCCUUCUCCUCCUGCUUUUUCUUCUUCCCACCCUACGGAUUCUUCUUCUUCUUCUUCUUCUUCUUCUUCUUCUUCUUCUUCUUCUUCUUCUAUGUGGCAUGCCCCUUCAGGACGUUGUCUGUUCCCAUCUAUCUAUCUAUCUAUCUAUCUAUCUAUCUAUCUAUCUAUCUAUCUAUCUAUCUAUCUUAGUCUGUUCAAUCUAUCUAUUUAUCUAUCUAUCACAGUCUAUUCAUAUGUCUCUAUAUUUAUCUAUCUCAAUGUGUUCAUAUCUAUCUAUCUAUCUAUCUAUCUAUCUAUCUUAGUCUGUUCAAUCUAUCUAUUUAUUUAUCUAUCACAGUCUAUUCAUAUGUCUCUAUAUUUAUCUAUCUCAAUGUGUUCAUAUCUAUCUAUCUAUCUAUCUAUCUAUCUAUCUAUCUAUCUAUCUAUCUUAGUCUGUUCAUAUCUAUCUAUCUCUCUAUCUCUCUAUCUCUCUCAUCUAUCUAUCUAUCUAUCUAUCUAUCUUAGUCUGUUCAUAUCUAUCUAUCUAUCUAUCUAUCUAUCUAUCUAUCUAUCUAUCUAUCUCUUGUGUUCAUAUCUAUCUAUCACAUCUCAGUCUGUCAACAUCUAUCUAUCUAUCUAUCUAUCUAUCUAUCUAUCUAUCUAUCUAUCUAUCUAUCUAUCUAUUAGUCUGUUCAUAUCUAUCUAUCUAUCUAUCUAUCUAUCUAUCUAUCUAUCUAUCUAUCUAUCUCACCUCAUCUCAUCUCAUCUCACAUUUAGCGGAGUAGAUGAAGGUGGCAAUAGUCAUGCUUUCUUUCUUCUCUCUGUCUCUGUCUGUCUGUCUCUCUCUCUUUCUCACUCCUUCCAAAGCCUUGCUCAUUGCUUUCCUUGCUAUCAACUUUUUUUUUCUCUAUCGAACAAUACCAUAUUAAAUUCUGUCCUCUUUCUUAUCGAUCCAAUUUACUUACUGGCUCAUUCUUGUCACGUUGUACUUCUUUCUUUCUUUCUUUUUACAGUUUUCAUUCCUCUUAUUAUUUUUUCUUUUUCAUUGUUCUUUCUUUCUUUCUUUCUUUUUAUACUUCUUUCUUUCAUUUUACACUUGUUAUUGCUCUUUCUUUCUUUCUUUCUUUCUUUCUUCUUUCUUUCUUUCUUUUCACAGUUACUCCAUUCGUCUUGUUUUUUUUUUUUUUCAUCAUUCAUUCAUUCUUUCUUUCGACACUUAAUUAAUUCCUUUUAUUCUUUCUCUUUCUUUUUUUCUUUCUUUCUUGCCUUCUUUCUUUCUUCCUUUCUUUUAAUUGUUCUCCUCUGCUUCCUUUAUUUCUUCUUUCUUUUUACAGUUAAUUCAUUCCUGUCAUUGUUCUUUUUUUUUCGUCGUUUUUUCUUUCUUUUUACAGUUAAUACUUUCGCCACGCUAUUUUUUUUCUUUCUUGCUUUCUUUCUUUCUUUCUUUCUUUCUUUCUUUCUUUCUUUCUUUCUUUCUUUCUUUCUUUCUUUCUUUCUCAUAAUUCGUUACUUGACACGUGAUAUUUUUAAGCUUUUAUUUUCCUUCAUUUCAAACACGUUUUUUCUCAUUAAAUGUACCGCGCUUUCUAAUAUCUUUUUCGUCUUAUUUUCAUUCUACACGAUAACCUUUAUUUUCCCUAAUCCUUUUUUUCCUUUCUUUCUUUCUUUCUUUCUUUCUUUUUCACUCUCUGUCUCUUUUCUUUCUUUUCCCCCCACCUCUCAAUGA